GAAUAGGAGAAGAUAACUGACAUGUAAAGAUUUGCCAAGCUGGCGAUCCGGUUUGAUUAAUAAGAAAUGAUCCCCUUAUGUGCUUACGAUGAUUUCCAUUAGGCCUAUUUACAUGAAGUAAUGUUUGCCAAAUUAAAAAAGAAAAUAGAGGAGCAGGAUGGAGGUGCUGGUGACGGAAAUAGAACAUUAAGUCCUCUGAAAGGAAACUCAGUGCAAAGUCCUUCAUGGAAAGAUCAUCGUGGAUAUGAAUCAGAUAGUUCCAGUUCUGCUUUACAGUCCCCAACACCAUUUGGUGCUUCAAGGGAAGAUCUGCGAGAUCCGGGUGGUUCAAGAGAAGAAGUUCUUGCUUCCUUGCUUAAAAGAACAGAACAAUGUAAAAAAUUUGAAGGAAAAAUAACUGAAUAUGCUGCAAUAAUAAAGGAGAAAAACAAAAAUAUUGAAAAGCUUGAAUCAUCAUUACAGAGUCAAGAAGCAGGUCAUGAUCAGAAGAUACGAGAAUUAAACGAGCAAUAUCAGAUGAACCAAUCAAAGAUGGCUGAAGGAUUUACACUGGCUCUACAGAAAAAGGAUGAGGAAAAAGAUGAUUUAUGGGCAAAAAUAACAGAAUAUGAGGAAUACAAAGAUAAAUUGUAUAAACAAGAGGAAGAAAAAGAAGAACUACAAGGACUGGCAACACAAGAGCUGGCCAAGGUCAAACAUUUGCUCUUGAAUACUGAAGAAGAAUUGAGAAGAGUUAAAAAUGAGUUAAAGGAAACACAAUCUUGUUUAGAAGUAGCAGAGAGAACUGUAAAAGAUUUAGAAAACAAAGUGACAGACCUUGAGGAAGAUAGAAAACAAGUAACAGUUCAAAGUGAUAAACUAACAGAGGAAAACAGAAUUUUGUCAAAGAUGAUAAGCAGUCUAUCUAAAGAGAAAGAAAAAUUAAAAGAGGAAAGUGAUUUAAACCAGAAAACAUUAAAUGAGAAGUGUGUAGUUUUGUCAACAGUAGAAGAAAAGAAAAUAGAUAUAGAAAAUCAAUAUCAAACUCUGCAAUAUAAUUAUGAUACUCAUAAAACAAAGUCAAAUAAACUUAUAGAGGAAAAAGAUGAACACAUAGAACAAUUAAAAGAAAGAAUACAUGUACUAGAACAGAGGUUUCAGGACCAGAGUUUGUCUGGAGAUGACAGGGUAUCAGCUUUAGAAUUAGAGAGAGACAGUUUAGAGAAAAAAUUGGAAGAAUGCAGAGAACAACUCUCAGAAAUUAAAUCAACAUGGAGUGAUAAAAUAUCCCAUUUAGAGGAACAGAUUUCCCAUCUAAAUGCCAAAAUGGUUGAAGAUAGUGAUGAACUUUCAAGAAGUGAGCAGAAUGCAGAAAGUUCUAGAGAGAGUUAUCAGUCACAACUAACUCAGUUACAAACAAAACUAGAGGAUGCUGAACAAAGAUGUGAAGAAAACUUGGAUCUUCUCAACAAAAAAGAAAAACAGUUUGAGAAAGAGAAACAUGAUUUGGAAACAGAACUGAAUAAAGAACACUUUGAAAAGAUGGAUUUAGAAACUCAACUUGUGUCAAAAAUUACCUCCCUUGAAUCCCAAUUAAUGUCUGAAAAACAGUCAAAGGAACAUGAAAAAAUACUGCUAGAGCAAAAAAUAGAACAUUUGGAAAAGCAAGAAAAUGACUAUCUGGAGAAAGCAACAAAGCUUGAAGAACAAGUUAUGCAGUUAGAAAAAAACAGAGAUGUACUGGAGAAUGAAAAGUACAGUUUAUCAAAUGAUGAAUUAAAGUUAAAGAAGAAAGUAUGUGAGAUGGAGAAUACAGAAACAGAAUUGAGGAGUAUGAUUUCAGAUCAUGAGAAUAAAUUAACUCAGUCAUCUAAGCAGAUGGAAGAACUGGAACAGUUUCUAAAGAGCAAAGAAUCUGAGCUUUGUGAAUGCAUUGCAGAAAAAGAUGAGUUGUUAGUGAGAAAUGCUGAGUUAUCACAGAAAAAUUUGUCUGUUCAGAGCAGCUCAGAUAGUAUUAUUAACCAGCUUAGAUCAGAGAUAAAAGACCAAGAUGAUCAAUUAGAUAAUUUACAACAGUCACAUGAUUCAUUGCAAGAGAAUGUUGAUUUCCAUGAAAAAAAGAUAAAAGAGCUGGAAGAUGGCAAAGAAGAGAAUGACCAGACUUCUACACAAGUUAGUACUCUGGAGCAAACUGUCACAGAUUUACAGGAACAGCUGGCAGACAAAAAUAAGGCUUUGAAAAAACAGGAACAAAGACUUAGAGAUCUUCAAAAAACUUUACAGCGUGAACUUAGAGUUCAACCUCUCCCCAGUGAUGAACCAGUUGUUAUUGAUGGUGCUUCAUUUACUCCACCAAUGCAGCGGAAAAUUAGUGAAAGUCGGAAUUCCCCAUCCAGAGACAAUAUUGAUUUUAAGGAUCAUAAUCCUGCAACCAUUAGUCAUGUGAUGAAGCCAUUUGACACAAACAAUCAUUCAGACAAUACUUUAGAUGUUCAUAAAAAUCGGACACGCAAUUCAGAUCAUUUACUGAGAAAGGACUUAGAAAAUGAUGUGAACUUUAAAUAUUUGAAACAUGUGGUUUUAAAAUUUAUGUUAAGUAGAGAAGCCGAGGCAGUGCAUUUAAUACGAGCUAUAUCAGUGUUACUACAUUUCUCACCAGAUGAACAAAAGAUGUUACAUGAUACAUUAGAAUACAGAAUGUCAUGGUUUGGAAUUCGACCAGCACUAGGCUCAGGACAGAAAUCAAAAUACAUUCCGCCACCAUUUUAAUGUUGUGAUUUAUAAGAGAGUAUAUAUGUCAAAUGAUUAAUGCCAUUUGAUUUUCAUCAGAAUAUUUUCUCCUGAUUUGGCACCACCAGAGAAAUUACACUGCAUUUUGUAAGAAUUACAUCACAAUGAGUUUAUAUAUAGGUAUAAUAAAAAUUCAAAGUAUCUCCAAACAGAAAGUGACUGCUGGCAAAUAUUUCAGUGGUUCUUGAGAAAGAGAUACAAAUUUGAAAUGUUUCUGGAAUGCACAAUGCUUGCAAUAGCUCACAUUGCGAAGCAUAUAACAUAACAUCUAGAAUGUGUGCAGCUAUCUCCAUUGUUGCAAUUUUUAUGUUGUGGAAAACGAGAUCCUCCUAAUGGAUGUUUCAGAAUAGAACAAUGGACCAGAAUUUUGUUCCAGAACAUAAAUAUGAGUAGCAAAGCUUUACCAAUAUUAUAUUUCAAUGGAUUUCCUUUGAAAAUAAAGGACAUGUUGUAUUAAUUCAUGACACAAAAUCCCUUCAUGCACUUUUCAAAACCAAAAGCAAAGAAAAAGUGUUUUUCUUGCUGUUUUUCAUCUCUAAGUUACCGUACAGUGUAAGGCCAUAGGUAUUCGCCACGUGUAAUUUUUCACUAUAUAUUUUAUAUAAAUUUGUGUUUUUCAAAAAAAUAUUAUGGAGUCAUUUCUGGUUAGAUUUUAAUCAAUUUGGUACCAAUAGAUGCAGAAUUGUAUCAAGUUUAAUUGGUGUAUUUUUGUUAUGGGGCGUUUUCAUUUUCUAAACUCAAGCAUUAUUUUUGUUCAGAAAUUUGAUAUUUUACGAUAACGAUACAUAUAAAACCCUGACAAUCUGUUUAUUGUUAUAUUACUGUUCUUUUCCACCUCCUUUAGACAGUUUUAUGGGUAAGGUCUCCUGACACAUAAAGAUGUUGCUGAUUAAUUUAUCUCAGACAUUGUGAUGUCGCUGAUAAUGUUUGCUCACAUCUCAAAGCAGUGAUACGAGAAUUACGGAGCAACUGAGUAGGGUGAUAUGGUAAAGAUAAGGACGAUAAAUGCAUUUAUUUCGCAAAUGAAAUAUUCAAUUAAAUCUAUUUUUCUUCAUAUCAUAAAUUAAACUCCUUCAAUAAUUUUCUGUUAUGGAAAUAAAAUAAAAUAAAAACUUGACACUUGCUCAA